CAGACGGGUAUGCACUUUCCCAUUGCGGUACCCGUGUUGCACAUCUUUUAUAUAUCAGCCUAGCGAUCCACGUGUGGAGACUAGUGAUUGAGGCAACAUCAUUUCGUGGCGGCUCGGGGACCAACAUCAUGCUCACGGCAGCGUAAUCACAUAUAAACAUACGAUGAUCAGAUCAAGGCCUCGAUGAGUGUCGUUGUUUGACCCUCGAAUCAUAUCACCACUCUGUUAGAUUGUAUCGUCAAUUUUGACCAGAGCUCGUCGUCAUGAGCGGCUUUCCGGAGAAAGACAACGCCGUGGCUGAUGUCGUCAGGAACGUUCGAGGUUCACACGAGGAUCACUCCGAUUUUCACACUGAGAAAGCACCAGCAGCUGAGGUUGACAGCUCGCCGUCGCCAGUCCCAUCCGGUCAUGGUUCGCGACAGGAAUCCAUCCGUGAAGCAGAAGUCGCAAAGCCUUCAGAAAUCUUGCCCAGUGACGAUGACGAGAAAAAGAAGGAUGGCGGAUUAGGUCAUUUCUUUCGCAUUUUCCGAUAUACCGAUCGGUGGGAUCGUAUUCUCUACCUCAUCGCCGCUAUCUGCUCCGUCGGUACCGGCGCUUCGCUUCCUCUGAUGACAUUGAUCUUCGGACGAUUCACAACAGUGUUCACCGAUUACGCCGUAGGUGCGGCGACUCCAGACCAAUUCACCGCAGUAGUCAACCAGCUAGCCCUUUAUUUUGUGUAUCUGGCUGUUGCACGUUUCGCAAUCAUCUAUAUCGGCACCUUUUCCGUCAACGUCGCAGCCAUCAGAACCGUCCGUCGACUGCGAGGAGCGUUUCUCGAGCACACAUUGCGACAGGAAGUAUGCCAUUUUGACCAGCAGACAAAUGGGUCAACAGCAACCCAGGUUACAACCAAUGGCAACCGUAUCAACCAGGGCAUUGCUGAAAAGCUAGCUUUGUUGAUUCAGGGGCUUGCACUUUUCAUUUCAUCAUUCGUAGUCGCCCUAUCCGUCCAAUGGAAGCUUGCCCUCAUCACCAUGAGCGUCAUCCCAGCUGUAGCAAUAGCUGUUGGACCUUGCAUCUCUGCAAUCAUCAAAUAUGAGAUUCAAAAUACGAAACUCCACUCUGCGGCCGGAGUGAUUGCUCAGGAUGCUAUCAGCUCGAUCCGCACAAUUCAUGCCUUCACAGCUCAAAAGAAAUUCGUCAAAGAUUACGACGUGAAGCUAGAUGCAGCACGUGCUCUGGGACAUAAGGAGAGCCCAUUCAUCGGCGCCAUGCUCGGAGCGUCAAGCUUUAUCGUGACAGCAGGGACGGCCUUGGCCUUCUGGCAGGGUUACCGAAUGUAUCAGAGCGGUGAAGUCGCCUCAGUGGGAACCGUCAUGACCGUUGUACUCUCCGUGACCCUCGGCACGACAUCAAUGCAGCUCAUCGGCCCUCAAAUGCAAGCCAUCACUGCAGCUGCCGCCGCUGCUGCGGAACUGUUUGGAAUCAUAGACAAGGACUCACAACUCGAUCCCCUUGAUCCAUCUGGUCAAAAGCCAACGUCUUGUGUCGGCGAGAUUGAGAUCAAGAAUCUCACCUUCGCUUACCCGUCACGGCCCUCUGCACCUGUGAUCAAGCAUCUCUCGCUGCAUAUUCCCGCCGGCAAGACGACCGCUUUGGUUGGAGCUAGUGGAUGCGGAAAAUCCACGCUUGUCGGGUUAUUGGAGAAAUGGUACCAGCCCAGCUCAGGACAGAUCCUCCUCGAUGGCGUCGACAUCUCCCAAUACAACACAAAGUGGUUGCGUAGUCAUAUUCGGCUUGUGCAGCAGGAACCCGUCCUGUUCAGCGGAACAGUGUUCCAGAACGUGAUCAAAGGUUUGGUAGGGAGUCAACAGGAUUUGUCGACAGAGAAACAGAUGGAACUAGUGAUCGAAGCAUGCAAAUCGUCCAACGCGCACGACUUCAUCGUUGAACUGCCUGAAGGUUACCAUACCCAAGUCGGAGAGAGAGCAUCCAUGCUCAGCGGUGGUCAAAAGCAACGAAUUGCCAUCGCCCGAAGCAUCAUAUCCGAUCCAAAAAUCCUGCUGAUGGAUGAAGCCACAAGUGCGCUGGAUCCACGCGCAGAAAGGGUUGUCCAAGACGCCUUGAACAAGGUUUCUGCGAACAAGACCACCUUGAUCAUCGCGCAUAAGCUCGCCACAAUUCAGAAAGCGCAUAACAUCGCAGUCAUCUCUUACGGCGAAGUCGUCGAGCAAGGUACACACCAAGAGUUGAUUACACAAGGAGGACAAUAUGCUAGCAUGGUCCUGUCCCAAGACCUUGGUGAUUCGGGCAAGUCCGACUACGAAUCUGACUCCGAGGAUGAGCCGGGAAUCUCCACAGCUCCAGACCGACUGACCUUGCAGCGGACUCAGACGGAGACAGGAUCGACAGUUAUGGACGCGGAAAUCAAGCAACUCACCCGUGAGUCAGCGGGUUAUUCGCUUCUGCGAUGCAUCAUCAUCAUGCUGUCCGAACAAAAGCAGCUGUAUCCCUACUAUAUCGGGGCAGCGUUGACCUCUCUCCUCGCUGGCGCUCAGUUUCCGGUGCAGGCCGUCUUGUUUUCCCGCCUCAUCAACACUUUUACUCUGGCCGGAGACGAAGGUCGAGCUUCGGCUGACUUUUGGGCCCUGAUGUUCUUCGUACUUGCAAUUUCCAGCGGCAUAGCUUACUUUGGUAUUGGCUACCUGUCUAACGAGGUCGGUCAAGUCGUCACCAGCCGGUACAGGAGUGAAAUGUUCGAAAGAAUCCUAGAUUUCGAUCAGGACUUCUUCGAUCGGCCAGAGAAUUCAUCUGGAGCACUCACAUCGAAACUGUCAUCACAGCCUGCUGCACUAAUGGAAAUACUGGCCGGAAACUCCAUCAUUCUCAUGGUGGUAGUUGUGAACGUCAUUGCGUCCAGUACUCUUGGCAUUGCUUAUGGCUGGAAACUGGGUCUCGUCAUCGUCUUCGGCGGCAUGCCCAUUCUUAUCGCAUCGGGCUUUUUGCGUAUCCAUCUCGAGCAGAAAAUGCAGCAGAAGACCGACCAGCGCUUCGCAGAUAGUGCCGGCUUGGCCACAGAAGCCGUUACUUCAAUUCGAACCGUUGCUUCACUCACUCUGGAAGAGUCGAUCCUCAAAGAGUACGCGGAAUCGCUCGAUGGCAUCUUGACGAACGCAGUCAGAGGUCUGAGUCUCACACUCAUCCCAUACGCCUUGUCUCAGUGUCUCGAGUUUUGUAUUCAAGCCCUCGGUUUCUGGUACGGUUCCCGACUCCUGAUCGACGGCACAUACACGACGAGCCAGUUCUUCACGAUCUUCAUCGCUGUCAUCUUUGGCGGCCAGGCAGCAGGGGAGUUCUUUGGUCACACAACUUCUAUCACAAAGGCCAAGACGGCCACAAACUAUAUCCUGUGGCUUCGCACAAUUAUUCCAAGGAUUGGCGAGACGCCGGAGAACAAAGGCAAUGGACCGUCUGGCGAUGGUCCUAUUUCUUUGGACAACGUCGAGUUUCGAUACAGACAGCGUCAUUCGGCCAAGGUGCUACGAGGCAUCGACAUGAAGAUCAAAGCAGGUUCGUACGCCGCCUUCGUUGGACCGUCAGGGUGCGGCAAGAGCACUUUGGUCGCCCUUCUCGAGCGUUUCUACGAUCCCACGAGUGGCGAGAUCUUGCUGAAUGGCACCGAUAUCAAGAAAUAUUCACCACAUCUAUACCGUCAACACAUGUCCCUCGUGCAACAAGAGCCACCACUUUAUCAAAAUACGGUCCGAGCGAACAUCACCCUUGGCCUAGAUCAUGAGCCGACAGACGAAGAGAUUCAGCAAGCUUGCCGACAGUCAAAUGCCUGGGAGUUUGUUUCUUCGCUACCCGAAGGUCUCGAGACCCAAUGCGGCAUGAAGGGGCUUCAAUUUUCAGGCGGACAACGCCAGCGCAUCGCCGUAGCACGCGCUCUCAUCCGAAAACCUCGCUUGCUAUUGCUUGACGAAGCAACAUCCGCGCUCGACACCCAGAGUGAGCGGAUCGUCCAGAAAGCGCUGGACGAAGCAGCCGCCACCCGAACCACAAUCGCGGUGGCACAUCGUCUAUCGACCAUUCGCCAUGCGGAUGUUAUCUUUGUGUUGGCGGACGGUCGCAUCGCUGAGGUCGGUACGCAUGAGGAGCUUCAGGCGCUCAGAGGAAGGUAUUAUGCCAUGUGUCUGGCGCAGUCGCUAGACCAGGACCGAUCGAAAGAAACUGCAUAGGAUGGUGUUGGGGAUUUGCGUCUUGUUUCGUCUUUUUCAAUGUUAACGUGUUACGAUCCAUGCUGGAGCCUGGUGGUUUCAGAGGUUGGAGUCCACGCCACUCGAUUAAUCAAAAAGUUCUCUUCUCAUUUUGACGACGACGAUAUUCUUACGGGUGACGGAUUGUCCUUUGGUCCAUGUCGCUCUUUCAAGCUAUGUACAUUAUACACUGUACUGUAUUGAACAACCCGGAUAUCGCAGAGAAUUGAGCUGCGAGAGGCGGACGAC